GGAUCCCGGAGCCGGCUGCGGCAGCUCCUCAAUCUUCCUCUGAGGCUUGGCGGCCGCUGGGCCACCAGGUUCAUGUGGAGGCUCCCAGGUUCCCGCGCCGCGCUUCGUGGGGUCCGCACGGCGGUGGAGCGGCACACUCGGGCCGAGGCGGCGACUGAGACAGCGGGCGCCAUGGAGCGCGCUGUAGUGCGCUGUGUGCCCUCGGAGCCUAAGCUAAGCCUGUCGUUCGCGCUGGCCGACGGCAGUCACAAGAACAUGCAGCGCGACCAAAGCGAGCCGCUGGGUCGGGCCCUCAGCCGGAUAGCAACCAAUGCCCUCAAAGGUCACGCUAAGGCAGCCGCCGCCAAAAAGAGCAGGAAGAACCGGCCAAAUGCAAGUGGCGGCGUGGCCUGUGCGGGGCCUGGGCCCGAGCCGGCUGCGGCCUGCGAGCCCGUGGUGAAGCUGUACUACCGGGAGGAGGCAGUGGCUGAAGACGUGCUCAACGUGGACGCCUGGCAGGACGGCGCGGUGCUGCAGAUCGGCGAUGUCAAGUACAAGGUGGAGCGCAACCCGCCCGCCUUCACCGAGCUUCAGUUGCCACGCUACAUCAUGGCCGGUUUCCCGGUAUGCCCCAAGCUCAGCCUCGAAUUUGGGGAUCCCGCCAGCUCCGUCUUCCGUUGGUACAAGGAAGCCAAACCCGGAGCGGCAGAGCCAGAGGGCGGGGGCCCCUCGUCAUUGUCUCCCUCUUCACCCUCUCCCAGUUGGACAGAAACGGGUGUGAACGAGCGCGUCUACACGCCGUCCAAUGCCGACAUCGGGCUCCGACUCAAGCUUCAUUGCACCCCAGGCAAUGGGCAGCGCUUCGGGCCCAGCCGGGAGUUGGAAAGUGUGUGUCCCGUGGAGGCUGGGCCUGGCACCUGCACCUUUGACCACCGGCAUCUCUACACCAAGAAGGUGACGGACGACUCUCUCAUCCGCACGGUCUCUUACAACCUCCUGGCCGACACGUACGCCCAGACUGAGUUUUCGAGGAGCGUCCUGUACCCGUACUGUGCCCCUUAUGCCCUGGAACUCGACUACCGCCAGAACCUUAUCCAGAAGGAGCUCACGGGCUACAACGCUGACCUCAUCUGUUUGCAAGAGGUUGAUCGCAGCGUGUUUACAGAGAGCUUGGUGCCAGCCCUCGAGGCCUUUGGGCUGGAGGGCGUGUUUAGAAUCAAGCAGCACGAAGGCCUGGCUACUUUCUACCGAAAGGCCAAAUUCACUCUCCUUAGCCAGCAUGACAUUUCUUUCCACGAAGCCCUGGAGUCCGACCCACUUCACAAAGAACUGCUGGAGAAACUAGUUUUGUACCCGUCUGCGCGGGAGAGGGUGCUCCAAAGAUCUUCUGUCCUCCAGGUUUCUGUUCUUCAGUCUACCAAGGACUCUUCUAAAAGGAUAUGUGUUGCUAAUACCCAUCUCUACUGGCAUCCAAAAGGUGGGUACAUUCGUCUCAUUCAAAUGGCAGUAGCCUUGGCUCACAUUAGACAUGUCUCAUGUGACCUGUAUGCUGGCAUACCGGUUAUAUUUUGUGGAGACUUUAAUAGUACCCCAUCAACAGGAAUGUAUCAUUUUGUUGUCAAUGGCAACAUCCCAGAGGAUCAUGAAGACUGGGCUUCCAAUGGGGAAGAGGAACGGUGCAACAUGUCCCUUACCCAUUUCUUCAAACUGAAAAGUGCUUGUGGUGAACCUGCUUACACAAAUUACGUUGGUGGCUUUCAUGGAUGUCUGGAUUACAUUUUCAUUGACUUAAAUGCUCUAGAGGUUGAACAGGUGAUUCCAUUACCUAGUCAUGAAGAAGUUACCACCCACCAGGCCUUACCUAGUGUUUCCCAUCCCUCUGAUCACAUAGCACUUGUAUGUGAUUUAAAAUGGAAAUAGACUUAUGUUUAAUGGAAUUUAAGUCUGCUUUAGUAGGAAAUCUAAUAUGAAUCACAGCUUAUGUAUAACCUUCAAAGAGGAAAACUAGACAGAUACAAGGCAAAAUGUUGUUACUCUACUAGUUAUGUUCCAGUGUCUUCAUUACACAACUGUUCAUAUUUGCAGUUUCUCCACUUUUCUUUUUUCCUAUGGUUGAAGGAAAAACAUACAUUUAUGACUCCCAGGAAGAACAUUGAAUUAUUAUGUACAUUUUUAUAAGUACCUUUUUUUUAGCUAGGAAUUAAGAAUUUUGUAAA